AUGGCUGCCUACACAUGCAUCACCUGCCGAGUGGCCUUUGCAGAUCCUGAUAUUCAGAGAGCACAUUACAAGACAGAUUGGCAUAGGUACAAUCUGAAGAGGAAAGUGGCUGACAUGCCUCCAGUGACAGCAGAGAAUUUCCAAGAGCGGGUCCUGGCCCAGAGAGCUGUGGUAGAAGAGAAGAGUAAAGAAACAGCCACCUACUGCACUGUGUGUAGUAAACGAUUCUCUACAUUCAAUGCCUAUGAAAACCAUCUGAAGUCCAAAAAACACCUAGACUUGGAGAAGAAGACAGCACAGGCAGUCACAAAGAAAGUUGAGAUGAUGAAUGAAAAGAAUCUGGAAAAAGGUUUGGAGGCAGAGAAUGUAGACAAGGAUGCCAUGAAUGCAGUUAUUCAGCAAGCAAUCAAAUCACAGCCCUCCAUGUCUCCAAAAAAGAAAGUCAGCACUGCUCAGUAUAGCGAGAUGGCUUCUGUCUCAGACAAACAAGGACCCCAAGUGAGAACUAGACCUGAAAAGCCACCCAGAUUGCAGUGGUAUGAACAGCAAGCAAAGAAAUUGGCAACUAAAGAAGAUGAGAAUGAUUCUGUGGAAGACGAGGAAGGGGAGGACAUGGAAUCAGAAAAUGAUGCAGACAGUGAUGAGGAUGAGGAGAUGGAAGAUGAGAUGGAAGAUGAUUUAGCUGUUGAAGGCUGUUCUGCCGCUGUAGCAGAUAGCACUUCUCCACCUGGUGCAAUCCCUGUCACAGAUUGCUUGUUCUGCUCUCAUCACUCCCGCUCACUGUUGAAGAAUGUUGCCCACAUGACCAAAGUCCACAGCUUCUUCAUUCCUGACAUAGAGUUUCUGCAGGAUCUUCAGGGUCUUAUCAGCUACUUGGGUGAGAAGGUGGGAGUUGGGAAGAUAUGUCUAUGGUGUAACGAAAAAGGAAAGUCUUUUUACACCACAGAAUCCGUUCAAGCUCACAUGGUUGACAAGAGUCACUGCAGGCUCUUCACUGAUGGUGAUGCUGCCCUGGAGUUUGCAGACUUCUAUGACUUUAGGUCCAGCUACCCUGAUCAGAAAGAAAAAGAUGAUGUGGAAAUGGAUGACAGUGAUGUACCCGAUGAGAAGAAUUUUGAGUAUGAUGAGGAGACAAUGGAGCUGGUACUACCAUCAGGUGCUAGGAUUGGUCAUCGCUCAUUAAUGAGAUACUACAAACAAAAGUUUGGAUUGUCCAGAGCUGUGGUUGUAUCCAAAAACCAAAAAGCAGUGGGCCGUGUCUUACAACAGUACAAGGCUUUGGGAUGGACUGGAGGGACUGGUGGUACCCUUCAGCAUGGUCGUGAUAUGCAAUAUAUACAGAAGAUGAAGUCUAAAUGGAUGUUAAAAACUGGAAUGACUAAUAAUGCUACAAAGCAAAUGCAUUUCCGGCCGCAAGUCAGAUUUUAA